AUGCAUCCGACCAAAGCUCCGGGAGCGGAUGGCUUCCCGGCGCUUUUCUACCAGCGGUUUUGGGAUGUCAUUGGGGACGAUGUAGCAGAGUUCUAUUUGCAGAUUUUGCAUGGGCUUGUGUCGCCAGGUAUUAUCAAUCAUACGAUGAUUGUUCUCAUUCCUAAGGUUAAGAAAGCUGUUAAUGCGACCCAGUUUAGGCCUAUUAGUUUGUGUAUUGUUCUGUUUAAUAUUGUGACUAAGGUGAUAGCAAAUAGGCUGAAAAAUAUUUUACCUGAUUUAAUUUGCGAAUCCCAAAGUGCAUUUGUACCAGGACGUAUGAUCACAGAUAAUGCUCUCAUUUCUUAUGAGUGUUUUCACUUUAUGAAGAAAAGAACUAAUGGCCGGAAUGGCACGAUGGCGCCGAAAUUGGAUAUGUCCAAAGCGUACGACCGGAUCGAAUGGUCUUUUUUGAGUUCUGAAAAUUUUGUCCCUAAUAGAGGUUUAAGACAAGGGGAUCCGCUUUCUCCUUAUCUUUUUAUCUUGUGUGGGGAGAUGUUUUCUGCUUUGAUUAAUAGAUCCAUUGCUUCAAAAGCACUUUCUGGAAUUAAAAUAGCGAGGAAUGCUCCUGUUAUUUCACAUUUGCUUUUUGCAGAUGAUAGUAUCCUCUUUGGUAGAGCACCAGUACAGGAGGCGGAAUGCCUAAAAGAGAUUUUAGUGACUUAUGAACGUGCUUCCGGGCAAGUAGUCAACCUUGACAAGUCAAUGCUCUCAGUGAGCCGAAACGUGCAGCAAACCAGUUUUGAUGAGCUUAAGCAUCUAUUGGGAGUAAAGGUCGUAGAGAGCUAUGACAAGUACUUGGGGCUACCAACAAUUAUUGAUAUUAAUAGCAUGAUCUCCAACUUCUUUUGGGGAGGAGAUGUAUCUCAGAAGGGGAUGCAUUGGACAAAGUGGAACAAGUUGUGCAAAAACAAAUUGGAGGGUGGUCUUGGAUUCCGGGACUUCAAGGCUUUUAAUAUAGCUUUGGUGGCGAAAAAUUGGUGGAGAAUCUAUUCCAAUCCAGAAGCAUUAGUUGCUCAAGUUUUUAAAGGUGUUUAUUUCCAGAGUGGUGAUAUGUGGGGAGCAAAAAAAGGCUAUCGACCGAGCUAUGCAUGGUCAAGCAUUCAUAAAUCGGCUUGGGUUUUUCAGAGAGGUGGUUUAUGGCGUAUUGGUAAUGGUAAGAGAAUUAAUCUGUGGACAGACAAUUGGUUGCCCGGAGGGGCACCCACUCUUUUCCGGCAGGAUGUAGUCGAGGAGCUUAAUAUACAGGUGGUCAGUAAUUUACUUGAGCCAGACACUUCCAGAUGGCACUCAGAAUUAGUGGAGCAUAUCUUUCACCCAGGGACAGCUAGGCGCAUCAUGGGAGUGCCCCUUGCUACUCAAGCACGGGAUGAUUUUCUUUGCUGGCCUUUCACCAUGGAUGGGAGCUGCCAAAAUGUUAUGGUUUUGCUCUCCUUUAGCUUUGAGGACAAAACAGUUCACGGUUUGAUAGACUUAUGGGUGGCGGUGCUUCAUGAUGGGGAUGCAGAUUUUAUUGGGAUGGUCCAGACCUUAUGUUACGCUCUUUGGGAAGCUAGGAACAGACGUUCUGGUAACGCAGCUGCUGACUGUUUGGCUAGGAACGCCUCUACUUACGCUGAUAUGGUGUGGGUGGACGAAGUUCCGGAUUGUGUUUUCCAUGUGGUGGCUCAGGAUGUUUUGGCUUCUAUGCCUCCUGAUGCCUAA